AUGCACACAUACAAAAAUGGAUAUCACGAUAACAAUUCGGUUGAAAUAGACUCGGAGUCGUGCGCCAGGAAACGAAGGUUCAAUAGAAUCUCAUCCCACUAUAAGGUUUCAAAGGCUUUCGAACUAUGCACUGGGGACAAGAAGUCUGGCUUCCG